AUGACACGCCCUCCUCAGCAGCGAAAGCUGAGAGAGUUGAGACCAGCAAUUCCACAGCCUGCUGCACAACCUACUGCACAACUCACUACACAGUCUAUUGCACAGCCUGUUGUGUCACAGAGCUCUAAUAAUCCAUUCCACGAGUUCGGGCAGGGGAUCCCCCAGCUUUUUCCUGAAGCCUCUGCCAAGAAUGAAAGUGAGGAUCAAACUGAAAGUGUGGCGCCUCCGUCGAAUGCUGAAAGCAAGAAGAAGACGAAGAAGAAGAGAACUAAACGUCCUACAACCAGAGUUAUCACCCGUUGGAAAGCGAAUUACAAUGACAUGCUCCUCCUUUGCAUUCAGGCAUAUUAUAACCAUAUUAAGGUGAAGAUACCAUGGACGGAGAUUGGCAAGAUCAUGAAGGAAUGUUAUAAGGGUAAUUUUUCAGAAGGGGCAAUUGUUCAGCAUAUUAAAAAGCUGCGUGAUUUUCGGAAGAACGCUGGUCUGCCCAUUCCACCACCUUUGCGCCGAAGCGCCGAAGGAUUGGCUGCUGCUCGGGCCGCUGAUCAGCCCGAUGAAGAUGUUGAGGAUGUUGAGGAUUUUGAGGAUUUUGAGGAUUUUGAGGAUUUUGAGGAUUUUGAGGAUUUUGAGGAUUUUGAGGAUUUUGAGGAUGUUGAAGAUGUUGAAGAAGUUGAAGAAGAUGUUGAAGAUGUUGAUGGAGAUGCCAAUGCCGAGGGCCUUUUCGAGAAUCCCGUGGCUCAAGCUAAGCCAUCGGCAAAGAAGUGCACCACAAAGAGAAAGAGGGCUUCCAGUCCUAUCAACGGUGACAAUGUCGAGGCAGCGCCCCUCCUUGACGAACAAGUCCAGAGACCCAUCAAGAAAACUCGAACCACGAAAGCCGCCAGCAAGAAGAAGGAGCAGAAGAAGACGAUCAAAAAUGAGCUCGGCGCAACCAACCAGACGACUGAAUAUGCUGCGGGGCCUUGCAACAAUGCUGCUGUCAUGCCUCAGGUGGACAACGAGAUUGGACAUCAUUUGUCUACUUCUUCCGACGAAACUGUCCAACAGACUCAGGAUCCUACUUUGGCCUUCACCCAGUACCAACCCUUGCCCGACUGGAACCUUUUCAAUCUUAACAAUCCGAUGGCCACGCCGUUCUUUUUGGGUCCCGAGCUAGCCAACGGGUUAUCUAUCACAACUAACCCUUCUUCCAUGGGUCAUGGCUAUGUCGGUUCGACGAUGCCAGCCACUGAGCAGACGGCUUUGGCGCACAACACAAACACCAACAUGUUGGAUUAUAGCGCUGGAUGUCAAGCUUUUGAAACAUUUGGCAAUACUCCUGGAUGCCAUGUGCCUGAUCUUGGUGCAAAUAUUUCUGGUGAAUUGAUGCAUAAACAGACUUCGUCUCAGCAGUUCACCAGUCAGAACUAUUCCCAGAGCCAAGGUACUGGCAGUCACUCGGGGAACUAUAAUCAGAUGUCUCAGCCCUUUUCUCGCCAGCUCCCCAAUCAGCCUUUUGGCUAUUCUGCGAUCCCAGUCCCUGCUAAUCACUCUGGGGUCUAUAAUGGGGAGUCUGGACACCUUUCGUCUGCACAGCUUCCUAGUCAGCCGUCUGGCUAUUCACAAAACCAAGGUGCUGUUGAUCCUGUUCUGCAUGAAUUAGAUGAGACUUUGCAUUACAUGGAUGCAACUAUCAAUAAAGAGGAAAAUUUACCUGGCGCUGAACAUAGAGUUGGUGCUGAAGGCCAGAUCUCACCUCUCCUCGGACUUGAUGAUGAGAUCGGCGACUUUCAUUACGAAGUUCAUGACAAAAUAGAGCCCUAUUACGGUACCGUCACCGAAACCGAAAUGUUUGCUGUGCUUCAAGCCAGUCUUCAUGAGGAUGAUGAAGUCGCCAACCGUUAG